AUGGCUAUCCGGUUCUGGCCAUUCUUGAUAUCCGUCGUCGUCGCUGCGGCACGACCUCCCAACAGUCACGCAGAUCCGCAAUGCAGAAACAUCCCCGGUGACAAGGGGUGGCCGAGACAGGGGGCAUGGCGUCAAUUAAAUAGUACGGUGGGUGGGAGACUGAUCGGGACUGUUCCCUUGGCACACAUUUGUCACGAUGCUGGCAUUUACCCGGCCUUCAAUGAGCCCGCAUGCGAGGAUUUACAGGAAGCCUUCAAUGAAGCUGGCGCGCAGACCCUGUAUGGAAUACCCCCUUUGAACUGUAAAAGUCAACCACAACCGGGCGAGUUUAUGAACGCUUACUUCCUCAAUACUUCCUGCUCCCCAUUUACACCGCAAUCCGUGCCUUGCGAGCUUGGCAACCGUGCUGUUUACUCCAUCGAUGUCGCUGGACCCGCGGACGUGCAGGCUGGCUUGAAAUUCGCCAGUGACAACAACAUUCGUCUCGUCGUCAAAAGUACCGGUCUUGAUUAUAUGGGCAAGUCGACUGGCCAUGGAGCUCUCUCCCUAUGGAUGUACAACCUCAAGACCAUCGAUGUCAUCCCCCACUACGUGAGCCCUCAGUAUUCCGGGGCGGCGGUAAAGCUCGGCCCCGGCGUCAUUGCGGGCGAGGCCUAUGAAGCCCUGAAUGCUGCAGGGUUCCGGAUUGUAGCGCCCGAAUGUGGUCUUAGUGGGAUUGCCGGGGGCUAUCUGCAAGGCGUCGGUCACUCGCAGCUUGUUACCAAAUACGGCGCCCCCGCCGACCAGGUCCUUGAAUGGGAACUUGUCACCCCUGCCGGGAAGUAUCUGACCGCCACACCCAAGAAGAACAAAGAUCUGUACUGGGCACUUGCUGGUGGCGGAGGCGGGACGUAUGGGGUUGUGCUCAGCGUGACAAUCAAAGCAUACCCAGACGGACCCGUCGCCGGAGGCACGCUCGUCGUCAACAACACGAACGAUGCCGCGUACUGGGAAGCCAUCGGGAACUGGUUCCAGCGAGGCCCAUCCUUUGUGGAAAACACUCCCAACAACGUCCAGUUCCUCGUCACGAACGCCACCCUCCAAGUCUUCAGCUUCGUCCUACCGGACCAGGAGACCUCCGCCGUUGAUGCACUCGUAGCCCCCUUCAUCGAGGACCUGAAACGGCUGAAACUUCCAUAUGAGCUGAAGACCGGCCAGUCACGCACCUAUGCCGACAGUUUGGUCUCAUCGUAUGGGCCCCUGCCCUACGGAAACCUAUGUCCCAGCUUCCCCAUCAUCUCCAGCCGGCUCAUCCCGCGCGCGACGGUGCUAGACCCCACAUCCAACGCGAAGCUGAUGGACGCAUACCGCUCUAUCACCGCCGACGGCACAUGGUUCGUCGGCUGCUCUUUCAUCAAUGUGGACGAAGGCUCGCCGAUCCGUGGCUCCCAUCCGCCUAACUCAGUCCACCCGGCUUGGCGCAAGGCCGUUGCCUACUGCAACCCUAACAAUCCCUGGGAUUGGGAGGAUCCCGAGAAGAGUCUUGCGCUGAAGAAGCAGCUUGUGGAUGAGUUCUUCCCGGCUAUGGAGGAGGCGACGCCAGGGUCUGGUGUUAAUUUGAAUGAGAUGGAUCCGUGGUAUAAGGGGGAUUGGAAACAGACGAUGUAUGGGGAUAAUUAUGACAAAUUGCUCAAGAUCAAGCACGCUCAUGACCCGCAUCGGUUGAUGUAUGGUCAUUUUGCGGUGGGGGCGGAUGAGUUUACGUUGGAUAAGGAUAAUAGGCUCUGCAGGGCUCGAUAG